AUUUCAGUUCUUCCUUGCACGCUUCAUGUUGUUUAAUAUUUUUGGAAUAAUUCGGGCUCAAGGCAAGUCAUUGUCUGUUAUGACUCAAAAUUGGAUUUAUUUAGUAUAUCUUGAAUAUUUUUGGAGUCGAGUGAUUUGAAGUAGUUUUGGUUCCAAACGCUUCAAGCUUUUGGAGCACCAGAGCUUGGACGAUUUUACUUCCAGUUCACUUGACGCCACGUCCGUGUAGCCUCGCUAACUUGCACUUCUUUCGUGUUCCCUUUUCUAAACAUAACGAGCUCAUUCAACGCAUUUUCAUCUGUGUCCCGCAGACAUGACUGAGGAUCAUCUUCACCCUGAGAAACACAAUCCCCUCCACUUUCAAAUUAAACAGGAGCCGGAGAUGUUUUACAUCAAACAGGAAGCAGAGCCAGUCACCCCUUACAUUAAAGAAGAAGAACGGGAAGAUGAAAUCAUUGCAGGGACCGUCGGUGUGAAGAGCGAAGAAGUUGAAGGCCUAAGUGAAGAGAGCGGAGCAGCGACACCUUCGAGCGACAGCUCAUUUCAACACCUAACUACAAAAGAAGAGGGACGAUCGCAACCGGACGGCCUCUUAGCUCCGCUCUCGGACAGCGACGACGUAACGUCACACUCUUCUGACACUGAUACUAAUGAGGAAGAUGAUGACUUUAACCAAAAUGCUUUGAAAUCCGUAAACAGGUCAUCACUGAAAAAAGAUGCUAAAGAAUGUGCGGGUGGAAAACCGUUUUUCUGCACACUUUGCGACAAAGGAUUUUCUUGGAAGUCUGAUUUAGAAAGGCAUUUACGUACACACACUGGAGAAAAGCCUUUUGCCUGCACAUAUUGUGGUAAAAGAUUCGCCCAGAAGGGAAGUUUAAAGGUGCAUACAAGAAAACACACAGGAGAGAAGCCUUUCACCUGCUCAUUUUGUGGUCAAAGAUUUUAUCACAAAAGUGAUUUGGAGACGCAUAAGCGUACACACACAGGAGAAAAGCCUUUUGCCUGCAUUUGUUGUGCUCAACGAUUCACCCAGAUAGGAACUCUAAAGAAACACAUGAACACACACACUGGAGAGAAGCCUUUCACCUGCUCACUUUGCCAGAAAAGAUUUUCUCAGAAGGUACUGUUAGAAAACCACACGCGUACACACACUGGAGAAAAGCCUUUUGUCUGCACAGUUUGCAACAAAAGAUUUUCUCAGAAGUCUCAUUUAACAACACAUAAGCGUAUACACACUGGAGAAAAGCCUUUCGCCUGCACAGUUUGUGACAAAGGAUUUUCUCGAAAGUCUAAUGUUGUAACGCAUAUGCGUACACACACUGGGGAAAAGCCUUUUGUUUGCACACUUUGCAACAAAAGAUUUUCUCAAAAGUGUAGUUUAACAAUACAUAAGUGUACACCAACUGGAAAAAGCCUUUUGUCUGCACAUGUUGUGUUGUAUAUCGCUACUUGACGAGUCUAAUCAAAAGAUGUACUGAGGGUGACCCUCUGACGAAGGCGGAAGUGAUCGCAGAAACAUGUCAGGUAAUAAGCCACCUACUAUUGUCUGGGAUAGAAGAAAAUUUUGACUAAGGUCCUGGUCUUUUUCACAACUAUCGAAUUAUCUUGAUUUUUUUUUUUUUUUUUUUAAAUUGAGCGAAUUGAGUUUAGUUUAGGUGAGGUUACUUCAUAUCAAACUUGAUCUUCUGUUGAUAUUAGGACUUUUCAGCUAUUUUGAUUUACUCAGAUUUGGCUUUUGUCUCAUCUGUUUGUUGUUUCUGUAAACUGUUGUAAAGUGAACUUGAGUAUCUUGAAAGGAUAUUUGAAAUAAUAUGUAUUACACUUGUCAACAGUCAGGUUUGUGCAUGAAAUAUUGAUACUAUUUGCAGCUAAAUUGAGGUCACUGAAUACAUUGCAAGGGUCAGAAUAUAGAAAUUGUCUUAGUUUGCGAGUUCAUACAGUUUAAAUUAGAGGUGCCCAAGUCCGGUCCUCGAGAGCCCCUAUCCAUUUUUUUCCCCCCAUGCCUCCCUCCGUUAAUACACCUGAAUCAAAUGAUUAGCUCAUCAGGAAGCUCUGCUGGAGCCUGAUAACAAUCCUGAUCAUUUGAUUCAGGUGUGUUGGAGGAGGGAGACAUGGAAAACAAGCUGGAUCGGGGCUCUCGAGGACUGAACUUGGGCACCCCUGGUUUAAAUGGUCUCAAUGAGAAUAUUUUAAUAUUUCUGUAUGCAUACCUGUCAAGUUGUAUGGUUUCGGCAUAAUUUGUACAAGUGAACACUGAUUUUUAAAUGUGUACCCCGUACAUUCAAAAUCUGUACGUUUUUCGUGCAUUACGUUUUUUUUUUCUCUGUUCGGAUUUUGUCGCCGUUUCAGCAACGGGACAAUGUGCAUUUCUUUGCCGAGUAAGUAAUUACUCUUACAUUCAGGUAACUGAGUUACUAAUUCAAAUACUUUUUGGGAGAAUUUGUACCUGUAAUUACUUUAAAAAAAUUUUUUUUUUUAGUAAGGGUAACAACACUGGUCAUAAAGAUGCAGUCUGCAAAAUGAAAAGCUAUUCUGUGAUGAAAGCGAAGAUUUUAUUCCUUCAAUUUGUUGCCGAACACAAUUUGCCUGCAACUAUUGCGGAUCACUUCUCAGAAUUGGCAAAAGAAAUGUUCCCUGACUCCAAGAUUGCAUCGGUAAGUUAAUUUUAUCAAUUGACCUUUUUAAUUUAUAAUUGGACACACUAACGAACUACAUUCAAGUCGAGCUGAAUUGCGAGCAGGAGUGCCAUGAAGUGCAGCCAUCAAAAGACAUGAUAGAAAUAGCCAAAAGUGCUACAUACAAUUAUAACAAAAGUCACUGUUAAAUCUUAGUAAUCAUGAUGUAGCUGAAGAUAUUGAUUGUUCUUUGAUUGCACCAGGUUAUAUGUGACAAUAUUACCA